CAAAUCAAGGCUGUUGCGUGAGCGCUUUAAAAGCCGACCAGCCCCUUCCUCACAACACUGCUGCACAACGUCAAAGCGGAUACAUUCCUCAAUUCACUUUUAUAUAAUCUACAGAAGAUGGCCUCUACUAAGGAGAAACUGAUCGUUCAUGUGAGUAAGGAGCAGUCUGCUGGCCCCACCAAUAAGGUGACAGUGGUGGGGGUGGGAAUGGUUGGAAUGGCCGCCGCCAUCAGCAUCCUACUCAAGGAUCUGACGGAUGAACUGGCGCUGGUGGACGUGAUGGAAGAUAAGCUUAAAGGAGAGGCUAUGGACCUGCAGCAUGGAAGUCUCUUUCUCAAGACUCACAAGAUAGUGGCUGAUAAAGACUACAGCGUGACCGCAAACUCCAAAGUCGUGGUGGUGACCGCUGGAGCUCGCCAGCAGGAGGGCGAGAGCCGUCUGAACCUCGUCCAGAGGAACGUCAACAUCUUCAAGUUCAUCAUCCCCAACAUCAUCAAGUACAGCCCCAACUGCAUCCUUCUGGUGGUCUCGAACCCCGUUGAUAUCUUGACCUACGUGGCCUGGAAGCUGAGCGGUUUGCCCAGGAACCGCGUCAUCGGCAGCGGCACAAACUUGGACUCAGCCAGGUUCCGUUACCUGAUGGGGGAGAAGCUGGGAAUUCAUCCGUCCAGCUGCCAUGGCUGGGUGAUCGGAGAACACGGAGACUCCAGCGUUCCUGUAUGGAGCGGUGUGAACGUGGCCGGCGUAUCUCUCCAGGGUCUUAGCCCUGACAUUGGAACAGAGAAAGACAAGGAGGACUGGAAGAACGUCCACAAGCAGGUGGUUGACAGUGCUUACGAGGUUAUUAAACUGAAGGGAUACACAUCCUGGGCUAUUGGUAUGUCUGUAGCUGACCUGUGUGAAAGCAUGUUGAAGAACUUGAAGAAGUGUCAUCCAGUUUCUACGCUGGUCAAGGGAAUGCACGGUGUAAAUGAUGAGGUCUUCCUCAGCGUGCCUUGCAUCCUGGGUAACAGCGGCCUUACAGAUGUCGUCCACAUGACCCUGAAACCAGAUGAGGAAAAACAGCUGGUGAAGAGCGCCGAGACCCUGUGGGGCGUUCAGAAGGAGCUGACCCUGUGAACCGCAGUCUCUUCCAAAAUGUAGCUAGCGUCAGAUUUCCUGACCUCAGAAACCGUACCGCCUGUAACUUCCACCACAAAUCUCCAAACCACUGUCAGGCCUUUAGAUUGUAAGGUGUUGCAAUGGUAAAGAAGUAAUUUACUCUUGUUGUCAAUAUAAAGAUUAUAUAAGAGUCUAUGUGCAUACUGUUGUAUAUUCUAAGAAAAAGAAGCACUUGAGCAAGACUCUAUGUGCAAUUUCAGUCUCUUAUUUUGUAUUUUAUUUGCUGUUCUGAGCUCGACUAGCAUUCCGUACCCCUUACGUCCUGCAUCAGUUUUCCUCCAAGACCAAGUAAAACCAAAGCCUUACAAAAUAUCGGUUUCAUUGAGAGUUUACAUGUACAGCAAAACGCUGAGACCUAAGAAAAACUGCUUAUUUUUAAGUCGGUCAACGUGCAAAAUACGUUUAUGUACCACUUUGAAUUAUGGGGUUUUACAUUUGUGCAUGUCUUUCAAUGUAAACGGACAAGAAAAAUUAGAUUUAAAUCAUGAAACAUGAGCCAAAUUAUCUUUGUGUGUAAAUCAUUUUGUACGUAAAUGCAAAUGUGACAACGUCUGCAAAAACGAUUUUGAAUGAUUGCAUUAACGAAGAAUUAUUUUACACAAACGUUUCUCACAAAUUCAUUCUACUUGUUUUACGGAUGACAUCUAUCUAAUCAAUUUCCAUAAAUAUAUUAACAUGCAAAUUGAAAUUUUAGUUAUCAAAAAUCUUAUCUCAUAAAAUCAAAAAUUGUAUAUGUAAUCUUACAAAAAAAAACUAAGCAGACGGAACAAUCAUCAACGAAAACUAAGCAGAACUCAGUCAACUUUGACAUGGUUUUGGUUUAAAUGGUUUGACAAUCCCAACUACUUGUGUACACUAUGUAUCAGCUGGAAAUAAUUUACUGUUGUCAGUGUUGUAUUUUGAUUUCUGUUGAUCUUGAAACAAGAAAAACAAACCCUCAGCUGAGUGGUAAUAUACAGCAACAGUUAUAGCUGUUACUUGGAAGUGUGUGAUUGUAGAAUUAAGAUACAGCCCAUAACGGAAUAAACAAACUACAAAA